GUAGAAUUUGCAAGUUAGAUUUAGGGCAUAGUCAGAAACUAGAUUGAUUGAUUGAUUGAUGCUUUGCUUGUUAGGGUUAGAUCGGGAUUCAUCGUCUCAGUUUUGGGACUCGUUGGUUUAACCUAUAUUAGGACUCGAAAGGAAUCGGUGGUGGAUCGAUGCGAACAUUCCUGCGGCGACUGGUGGCCACGGCGGCCGUCCCUAUGGGGCGUUCCAGUACGACGGUGGCAGCGGCGCCACCGGUCGUCCUCAAGGUCGGCGACGCGCUGCGUGACCGCCGCCUCUUCACGGAUGGGGAGGUGGAAGCAUAUGCGGGGCUGAGUGGUGACCGCAACCCGGUGCACCUGGACGACGUCUUCGCCCGCCAAGUGGGAGGGUUCGAGCAUGGCCGCGUCGUGCACGGGAUGCUUGUCGCCUCGCUCUUCCCCGCCCUCGUUGCCGCCCACUUCCCUGGAGCUGUGUACGCACGGCAGUCACUGAAGUUUGCGGCGCCUGUGUACGUGGGCAAGGAGGUGCUCGUGCAGGUUCAGGUGCUGCACAUCAGAGCAUCUGCCACAAAAUACAUUGUCAAAUUUGGAACCAAGUGCUUCACCAAUGGCAGUGAAAACUCCCCUGCCGUUGAUGGUGAAGCCUUGACUGUGCUCCCCUCGCUGCGCCUCAGAGAUAACAACUGAACCAAAUGCCUACCUCAGUGGAUAUAAGAUUGUAAGCAUCAUCAGGAGACUCAGGAGUGUGAUAAUAUGUGAUGAAUGUUUUGGGGUCUAUAGAUUCUUAGACAAGAUAGGCAGGCUUUAUGUUGUUUGUUGUUCUUAUGCAGUGCCUUUAUGAUUUUUUACUGUUCUUGUGCAGUAGUAGUAGCUGGCUCCCUUGUUAAGCUGGAAUCCCCAGCAUUUUGGACUUCAAACUUUAUUCAGCUUUCAAUAGAACCAUAGUGAAAGCUGGUUCUGUUCUGCUUCAUUUUUUAUUAGGGGAAUCUCUUCUUUGUUGUUACAAUUUAUAAUGUCUCAUGAUUUAAUUAGCAAAUAUAUUUUAAGCUGAGCUUGCAGAGCAAACUGUUUGGUUUGUGUUGUUCCUCACCAUA